GACGCCACUUCCGGGGCAAGGGCGGGGCGGCGCCAUGGCGAUCUUCAGCGUUUACGUGGUGAACAAGGCGGGCGGCCUCAUCUACCAGCUGGACCACUACGCGCCCCGCGCCGACACCGAGAAGACGUUCAGCUUCCCGCUCGACCUCGUCCUGCGCCCGCACGACGAGCGCGUCGUCGUCGCCUUCGGACAGCGCGACGGCAUCCGCGUGGGCCACGCCGUGCUGGCCAUCAACGGUGCCGAGGUUAACGGGCGCUUCACGGCGGAUGGGAAGGACGUGCUGGAGUUCCUGGGCAACCCCGCCAACUACCCGGUGUCCAUCCGCUUUGGCCGCCACCGCCUCUCCUCCAACGAGAAGCUCAUGCUGGCCUCCAUGUUCCACUCGCUCUUCGCCAUCGGGUCGCAGCUGUCCCCCGAGGUCGGGAGCUCCGGGAUCGAGAUGCUGGAGACGGACACCUUCAAGCUGCACUGCUUCCAGACACUGACAGGGAUCAAGUUCGUGGUUCUCGCUGACCCGAGGCAGGCGGGGAUAGACUCCCUUCUCCGCAAGAUCUACGAGAUUUACUCUGACUUUGCUCUGAAGAACCCUUUCUACUCCCUGGAGAUGCCAAUCAGAUGUGAGUUGUUUGAUCAGAACUUGAAACUCACUCUGGAAGUGGCAGAGAAAGCUGGACCCUUCGGACCUGGAUCGUAGAGAAAGCCUCGCCUGUUGCACAGACUCCUUCCUCUGAAGAGCAGGGCCUCUCUCUUCCCCAGCUGACCUCUCUCCUCCACAGCAGAGACUGCGUAUCCCAAAACGCGCUUCAUUAUCUCCCAAGAUAGCAUUUUAUCCCCUUUGUCAUGAAAUUUACCUUAAAAACGGACUCAUUGCUACUGUUCACAUUGGGCUACAGAGGCUUACUACCCUGCUGUUGCGGCUCCACUGCCUUUUCUGAAGAAAGAAAGAUAAGGCGCGGGUCCGCGGCCUUAACCGCAGUCAAUUGUUUUCUUUCGUUUCAUAAUUGUACAUAUGUAUUUUCUUCCCUGUAUAGCUCUAAUUUAUGGUUUUGCAGAGUUUCUGUGUAGAAGUAACAAAUGUCCCUUAAAGA